AUGCCAAAGAAGUACACGAACUACAGCAAAACCGCUAAAUCACCUAAGAGACCAUUUGAAAAGGAGAGACUCACCAACGAGUUGAAAGUCAUCGGAGCCUAUGGCUUGAAGAACAAGAGAGAGGUGUGGAGAGUCCAAUUUACUCUUGCCAAAAUCAGAAAAGCUGCUAGAGAUUUACUAACCUUAGAUGAGAAAGAUCCUAGAAGAGUCUUCGAAGGUGAUGCCCUUAUCAGAAGAAUGGUUAGACUCGGAGUGCUCAAGGAGAACGAGAGAAAGCUCGAUUACGUCUUGGGUCUUACCCUUUCCCAAAUCAUGGAGAGAAGACUUUAAACCCUUGUCGCCAAGAGAAAGCUCGCCAAUUCCGUCCAUCACGCUAGAGUUCUUAUCAGACAAAGACACAUCGCCGUUGGAAAGCAACUCGUUAACAUCCCAAGUUACUUGGUUAGAGUGAGCUCAGAACAACACAUCCAACUCGCCCCAACCUCAGUCUUCAAGACUGGUAAACUCGGAAGAACCAAGACCAAGAAGUCAAGAAAGGGAGCUGAUGCCGGUGCUGACGACGAAUGA